GCCAUGUCCUGUUUUUCGUCACAUCUUUUGUUACUGUACAACGCAUUCAACCACCGAGCUUGUCCAGAGGUUUGGACUUUGUUAAUUUCUCGUACUCGACAGCUUCAACUUGAUAUGGAUCGUCCGAACAUGACAUCCCGUGUUGGCCCCAGAACAGCCAAUACAAAUGGAACUGACUUCAAACCCAGAGAAAAGGUGGCCCCACAUUACCAGAUGAGUGCUUCCCUGAAGUCAGAGGUUCGGAAGCUGAACUGGGUCCACCUUCUGAUCUGGUUGCUAGUGGCUGCACAAGUGAUUGUGAGCCACUUUGACUUGGUGUCACAUGACACUGUGUCCAUACCAUACCAGUGGGAGUACCCCUACCUGCUCAGCCUCAUCCCCCUGCUCUGCAGCAGCCUGUCACUCCCAAACAAUAACAUCAGCUAUCUGGUUAUAUCCAUGAUCAGUGCAGGGCUUUUCUCUGUGGCGCCUCUCAUUUAUGGUGGCAUGGAGAUGUUUCCCGUAGCUCAGCAGCUCUAUCGCCAUGGAAAAGCUUACCGCUUCAUUUUUGGCUUCUCUGCUGUGACUGUUAUGUACCUCAUCAUGGUGGUUGCUGUUCAAGUGCAUGCAUGGCAAAUAUACUACAUGAAGAAACUUUUAGAUUCAUGGUUUGAUGCCACUCAGGAAAAGAAGAAGAAAUGAAUGUAUAAAAAGAAUUGCUUCUGGAAAUGUUAUGUUUAUGUUGUAAGUUUCAUUCCGUUGCAUUUAUUUGGUCACAGCAUAACAUAUUUAAGAUCCUAGAACAGUAAUAAGUAGCAGGUUAGCUUGCAUCUUGUGUCUGCAGUAAUGAAUGAAAUGGCUUCUGCUUUUCUCCCAAUUAAGAACUCAGGUUACAGUGAUUUCAUUUUGCUCAUGCUUACACAACAACAAAGACACAAGCUGUCAGUGUAUACAUUUUGCUUCUAAACUCCCAGUGUUUGUUCUUAUUUGAUUAUGUUAUGUAAAUUAUGAUUAUGUCUCUAUUUUUAGUGAGAAAAAUCUAUUGAAGAAGAAAUAAAAUCAUCACAA